AUGGUCAUGGAGCCAAUAUUUACGUACGUCGCAUCGAUUUGGGGCCACGCGACCAACAAAAUAUACAAUAAAAAACUGCUAAUUAAGACGCAAAGGGGGUUCGCUCUGCGAACCACCAGAGCAUUCAAAAACUCUCUCUUCUCUACUAAUGCGGCCGUCUCUCUCGCGGGAUUCGUUCCCUUAGACCUUAAGGUCCUCGAGUCCUGCGAGAUCGAGGGCGCGCGUAUUAGAGACGUUAGUAAACAUAUACCGGAUGACAUCCCAGUUGAACGACCAACACCAUUCACCGAACUCCUACACCCCGCUUCCAGACCACUCAAGUAUAGAACAUACAAAAAUAACAUCGACAAACACAAGGCAGAUAACACUAUUAACAUUCACACAGACGGGAGCAAGCAAGAGACGGGGCAAACAGGAGCUGCGUUCGUCGCUUACUCCCCUAAUAACACACAAAUUAUACACAAAUGGAAUCGGAAGCUACACCCAACAUGUACGGUGUUCCAAGCCGAAUUGGUUGCCAUAAAGGGAGCCAGCGACUGGGCCAUCGCACAUUGA